GUCAGUUUAAUUCGAGUGAACCGCUGCUGUGAAUUGAUUUAAUUUUUCUAAUAAUUUUAAAAAUAAAUAUUUUAAAAGAAAGAACAUAAUAAGAAGUUAAAUAAUUGUAAUUUCUAAAAAUCCUUGUGCAGACUAAUUUAAUUAUAGUACAUUAGUUGUACUCUUAAGUAUGUCGGCACUUCGAGCUAGACUGGGGUCCUACAGUUUUCUUUCUAGGUUACUUUAUCAACAUUCAAUUAAUAAGUUUAAACCAGUAAAAUGUGUAACUGUUGCAGCCAAUGGAUUCAGUGGCAAUCCUAUGUUUACUUCGAACUAUAGCACUGUUUCCGACCAAAAACCCUCUGAGACUACAAAAGGAAAUUCUGAGCGGAAAGAAUUUCAAGCAGAAACGAGAAUGCUUCUAGACAUUGUUGCAAGAUCUUUGUAUUCAGAUAAAGAGGUGUUCAUCAGAGAACUUAUCUCUAAUGCAAGUGAUGCUUUGGAGAAGUUUCGUUAUUUAAGUGUAAGUGCCACGGGAGACUCACCACAAUUGGAAAAUGCUGACCGAGCCCUGGAGAUAAAAUUAACAACUGACAAACAAAAUAGGACUCUCACUUUUGAGGAUUCUGGUAUAGGCAUGACUAAAGAAGAACUAAUUGCAAACCUAGGUACAAUUGCUAGAUCAGGUUCAAAAUCAUUUAUAGAAGAAAUAAAGAAGCAAGGCGCAGAGCAGGCCAGUUCCAUCAUUGGACAGUUUGGAGUUGGGUUUUAUUCAGCAUUCAUGGUUGCUGAGAAAAUUGAAGUAUUCACCAGAAGCAGUAUUGCAGGCUCUUCUGGAUAUAAAUGGAGUUCUGAUGGAUCUGGGACAUAUGAAAUACAAGAAGUAGAUGGUGUACCAAUUGGUACCAAAAUUGUUGUGUAUUUGAAGACAGAUUGCAGAGAAUUUGCUGAUGAUGCAACAGUCAAAAAUAUAAUAAUGAAAUACAGCAAUUUCAUUGGCAGCCCAAUUCUAUUGAACAGUGAACAAAUAAACUCAAUUAAGCCUUUGUGGUUAAUGGAGCCAAAAGAAGUUACACAAGAGCAACAUAUAGAGUUCUAUAGAUUUAUAAGCAAUUCAUAUGACAAACCACGUUUCACACUCCAUUAUAAGACAGAUGCGCCACUCAGUAUUAGGUCUAUUCUAUAUGUGCCAGAGGGCAAGCCGGGGCUCUUUGAGUUAUCAAGAGAUUCAGAUGUUGGUGUGGCUUUGUACUCUAGGAAGAUUCUUAUUAAGAGCAAAGCUGAGAAUAUCUUGCCAAAAUGGUUGAGAUUUGUUAAAGGUGUUGUUGAUUCAGAAGACAUUCCACUUAAUCUUAGUAGAGAAUUACUACAGAACAGUGCAUUGAUUGCCAAAUUACGUACUGUAUUGACUAACCGGUUUCUUAAGUUCAUGGUGGACACAGCAAACAAAGAUCCUGUCGGAUAUGAUAUGUUUUACAAGGACUAUUCUUUGUUCUUUAAAGAAGGCAUUGUCACAAAUCAAAAUGCUCUAGAAAAGGAAGAAAUUGGUAAACUGUUGCGUUUUGAAUCUUCAAAGUUAGAGAAUGGCGUCAAAACCUCAUUGGCCGAUUACAACGCGAGGCAGAAUAACGAUCAGCGAAAUAUAUAUUACUUGGCAGCACCAAGCCGCGAGUUAGCACAGUCAUCGCCAUAUUACGAAUCCCUGAAGAAACGCGAUGUCGAAGUGUUGUUCUGCUACGAAAUGUAUGACGAGCUCGUGUUGUUGGAGUUGAAGGAGUUCGGCGGGCGGGCGCUGGUGUCGGUGGAGAACGACAUGCAGAAAGACGCCGCUGAUCAGAGCGAGUCGAUCAUUGGAAGCGACGACUUGCAGCAAGGACAAGUAAACGAAGUGAUUUCAUUCCUAAAAUCCAAUUUGUCGGGCAAAGUAUUCGAAGUUCGAACAACGCAGAAGUUGGACUCGCAUCCCUGCGUGAUCAUAGUUCCAGAAAUGGCCGCCGCGCGACACUUUAUUAGAACUCAAGCACAAAAUCUAAGCGACGAAAAUAGAUUUGCAUUGUUGAGACCACAAUUGGAGAUCAAUCCAAAGCAUCCUAUAAUCAAAAAGCUUCACAAACUUACUAAUAGUGAUAAGGAAUUAGCAAAUAUGGUCGCUCAGCAGUUGUUUUCCAAUGCGAUGGUUACCGCUGGCUUACUAAUGGAUGCCAGAAAUUUAAUAACGAAUAUUAAUGAACUUUUAGUGAAAGCCUUAGAAAAACAUUGAAGUCUAGUUUUAAAAUAUUAAAUUUACUUAAUUUAUAAAAUAUUAUAAAUGUUCUAAUA